AGGUUUAUGUUGUUGCUUGGAGAAGUCUGUUUUUCUGUCUGGUGUAGUGUUGUCCGUUUGUCCGUCUGAAGGUUGAUCUGGGAGGUCAGUAUUAAUAUGUGCUGUAUGAAUCAUGUGUCUCCAUUAUCGUUUUGCUAUUGGCCAUUGGAGGAUUAAGCCGUGUGACGUUGCAUUACGAUAGGCCAUCGCCCAAGAUUCUUAAAGCGCAGGUCAGAAAUUGGCCAGGUCUUGUUUGGUGUUGCGACCCAACCACUCAAUGUCAAUGGCGAAGCUACUCCUGAAGGUGGUGGUUUACGGACCCACUGAUGCUACGGAAACCGCCGGCUAAGAAUGGGUGGAUGACCUGGAAUCGAAAAUGAACUGGGGGUCCUUUUACGCCGUGAUCAGCGGUGUAAACAGGCAUUCCACUGGCAUUGGCCGCAUCUGGCUCUCCGUCAUCUUCAUCUUUCGUAUCAUGGUCCUCGUUGUGGCGGCCGAGUCUGUCUGGGGCGACGAGAAGUCCGGCUUCACCUGUAACACCCAGCAGCCCGGUUGCAACUCCGUCUGCUACGACCAGUUCUUCCCCAUCUCUCACAUUCGACUCUGGGCCUUGCAGCUCAUCCUGGUGUCCACCCCUGCUCUCCUGGUGGCCAUGCACGUAGCCCAUCGCAGGCACGUCGACAAAAAGAUCCUCAAGAAGUCUGGACGUGGUUCCCCCAAGGAGCUAGAACAACUCAAGAAACAAAAGUUCCAGAUCAUUGGUGCCCUCUGGUGGACCUAUUUGAUCAGUGUGUUGUUUAGGAUUGUUCUAGAAGUCAGCUUCCUGUACAUAUUCUACUUGAUCUAUCCUGACUUCAAGAUGUUCCGUCUGGUCAAAUGUGACUCGUACCCCUGCCCCAACACGGUGGACUGCUUCGUGUCACGGCCCACUGAGAAAACCAUCUUCACUGUGUUCAUGCUCUCUGUGUCCGGGGUGUGUGUUCUCCUCAACCUGGCUGAGGUAGCCUACUUGAUUGGCCGGGCCUGUCUGAGGUGUAUCCAUGGUAACCAGGAAAAUACCAAAUUGGCAUGGAUCGGUACAAAACUGUCUUCUUACAAACAGAAUGAGAUCAACCAGAUGAUCACUGAUCAGUCCAAGUUCAAGUUUAAUACUAGGAAGAGCUCUAUGGAGAAAGGAGAUAGGUGUUCUGCAUUCUGAUAGACUAUCCUGAAGUGUUCAGUUUUAAGGGCUGCCUGGUCUUCCCUAGCCUGACUCACACCAGGCCAAUGCAAAGCACUUUAAGUUUAUGUUUUCGCAUCUACAGCGCUUUUAACAGACAGUAACCUGCUCUGAAAUAUGUACAGUAGAUCAUCAUGUAGUAGCUCCAGAAACAAAUAAAUAAUUAGUGUCUUUCAUUCACAUGUGUGAAAAAAAUCCAUUAACUUAUUUAUCUACCAAUCCGUUUAUUCUAGUUACUGGUGCUCGUUGUUACUCCUCCCUGACAGGUCGCAGAGAUCACAGAGUCCCCAGACAGGCUGUGAAUCUGGAUGAGGGUGUGAGAAUGUUGUCACAUGGUGAUUGACAUUAUGUCUCAUCAGAAUCUUCACCAGUUGGACCAAAGGAUAAAGGAUCAUUUGUUUUAACAAAAGACCUUCGGGACCAAAAUUCUGUAGAACCGAGAAAUACAAGACUUUCUGGACCAAACCAGUACUGAGAAACACAUUGUAUUGGAACUCAGUGAGUCACUGCUUUGUGGAAUAAUCCUCCCACUCAAUGGGCUGAUGACUUGUCGUUGUGGAGAAACUGUAAAACAUACGGUUGGAUUUUUACAUAGUUUACAAUACUGUCAACAGGUUACGAAUACUGACGUGGAAACUUCAUUCAUUUAUGCAGAUACAUUCAAAUGGUAUGCACAAGUAAAUGUUACGCUGGUAAUGUACAUAAAACACCCCAUUAUCCCUUUAACCGUUAGAAACCUGUUCUGAUCUAAGUAUUGGAAUAUUGUAAGGUACUGACCUUUACAGAGGCUGCUUACUGAUAUUUGAUAUUCAAUAGACCCAUAUCAUGUUCUAAAUUUUAUCAGUUAACAUUUGUCUGCCAUGUUGUAUAUAGCAUCAGGAGCUAUUGCUACAUUAUAACAGGUCUUACUAUGGUUCAGACAUGUUAAACAUCAGUCUCCUGACAUGAUGGGUCAAUGACUGUUGCUAGUCAAUGAACUGUGUUUGAACUGCUCUUUAUACAGAAUCUGUCCGCUGACUAUUUCAGUCACAGAAAUUGUGGUGUUGUUAAGAGGUCAUGUGAUGCAGAGUAUUAACUAUGAAUAGGCAAGAUAAGAGAGAGAACUCAGUCUUAGUCUUCUUUCUUUAGACUUUGACAUUGUCAUGGAAACUAGAUUAACCAAUAAACCCCUGGCUCUGCAUUGGUUGGAAUCAGGCUGCUAAAGAAAUAGAGUUGUACACUAAAUACGUUCCCAACAUUUGAAUGGGUACUCCUAAUUUCUGCCUUUUAAAAUUGACAUUACCCUUUCCUACAACAUAAAUUAAUGUAACAUUUUUUAUACAAUAAAAUAUUUUUUAUUUCCAUAACAGUAUUUAUUGUACACAUUAUUAAAUGCUUAUUGUAGUUAAGUUUUCCUGUACAGUAAAACAAAUCUGUUUCCAGGUUGUCAUUUUAUUUUUGUUGAUCUUCUGUAUCAAUCAAAGGGUUAUCAAUGUAUUACAAGAUGUAAGAAUUUAACCAGUGCUUGUCAUUCACUUUCCUGUAUAGACGCUUGAUAUUAAGGAUUAAUUUACAUCUAUGUAGGGUUGCUAAAUUCUGGUAAGGUUCACAGAUUUUCCAGACAUCUGGUUGGAGGAUUCAAACUUUCGGAUUAUUAUUCCCUUCUGAUUCUGAGAACUAGAUUUACAACAGUGAUUUCUGGAAAACUGGACAAAAAGAAUUUGGGGGAUCCCUACAUAUGUAGGUUAACACUUCGGUCCUAAUGACAUUGACAUAAAUAUGACAGGUGUAACAAUGUACAUAUGUAUAUUACUGUACAGGAAUAAAAAGAAUAAAUGCAUAAUGAUUUGAAGUCAUGUGUAGUUUAAUGCAUGUGCAGCAUCUACUACUUUUCUAGGCAUUCAGAUAAUACAUGACAGAGAAAAAGGACAGCUAGACAGGAAGAACACGGGAUAAUAUUAACAAAAUUAAAAAGAUUACAUUUCCAAGGUUUUCCUGGGGGAGGUGUGCUGAAAAUCAAAAGAUUUCCGGACAGAAUGUCUUGGAAAAAGUCCAAAAUGCUGGGGAAGAUUUUUUUCAAACCUUACGUUGAGCGACAAUCCAAAGUGCCAGCAUAGGUGCGUUGUGGUAUGUUGUUACAGAUGUCGUGUCGUAGUAGGAAAGCCAUGUCAUUACCAAAUGUUGUAGGUCGAUUCCUCAAUGUAUUGCAAAUCCAUGUAGUUGUGUGUGUCUGCAUCUGUGUUUGUUUACAAGCAUGGCAUCCCUAGCUCCCGGCUAGCAGUCAACCUGGACUGGACGUCUCCAUAGGAUCUUUUCAGUUCCCUGUCCGCCUGUUUCUGCUGUCUGUCAUUCUUUCUGUUUUACUCCUGCCAUUGGUGGCUUCAACAUUCCUCGACUGCCUGUCAUUGGUGGCUUCGGGUUCCAAACUGCUGCUCUCCUCCAAGGCAGUGUCCCACAUUGCACCCUAUUCCCUAUCUAGUGGCCUACUUUUCACCCGCUGUGGUCAUGCAUAGAGACCUGGUCUAACGUAGGGUGCCAUUUAAGACCCCCUUCCCACCUUAGUGAU